CAUUCUUCUUACUAUCAUUGUACCAAUUAAUUAGCUAAAUCAAACUAUCUAGCUAUAGCCAUGGUGUCAACUACUCUAUCAAGUUUUCUACUUGUUCUUCUUGUUUCUUUCUUUGUCACAGAAGCUCAAAGGCCUGCUUUAACAAAAGGUCUUUCAUGGUCAUUUUAUCAAUCUAGUUGUCCUCAACUUGAAUCCAUUAUUAGAAAGAGGCUUGAAAAACAAAUUAAGGAUGAUGUUGGCCAAGCUGCUGGCUUACUUCGUCUUCAUUUCCACGAUUGCUUUGUUCAGGGGUGUGAUGGUUCAGUGUUGCUAGAUGGAUCAGCAGGAGGGCCAAGUGAGCAAACUGCAGUUCCAAAUUUGACCCUAAGAAAGAGGUCAUUCAAGAUAAUUGAUGAUCUUAGAAAAAGGAUCCAAGAUGAGUGUGGUCAAGUUGUGUCUUGCUCUGAUAUUACUGCCAUUGCUGCUAGGGACUCUGUUGUUUUGACGGGUGGGCCCAACUACGAUGUACCCUUAGGAAGAAAGGACGGAGUCAACUUUGCAACGGAGCAAGCGACGAUAGACAACCUAGUUGCACCCUUUGCCAACACCACAACCGUCCUCUCUCUCCUUGCAACCAAAGGCCUCGAUGCGACCGAUGCGGUCGCGUUGUCCGGGGCCCACACUAUCGGUAUCAGCCACUGUCCUUCCUUCACCGACCGUCUCUACCCAAACCAAGAUUCCACUAUGGACAAGACAUUUGCUAACAACCUCAAAGGUAGUUGUCCCACAGCUGACUCGAACAACACGGUCAACAUGGACAUUCGUAGCCCUAAUGUGUUUGACAACAAGUACUACGUUGAUCUCAUGAAUAGACAAGGGCUUUUUACGUCUGAUCAAGAUUUGUAUACGGAUCGAAGAACUCGAGGGAUUGUUACGAGCUUUGCGGUGAAUCAAUCGUUGUUUUAUGAGAAAUUUGUUAUUGGUAUGAUUAAAAUGGGACAAAUGAAUGUGUUGACUGGUGGAAAUGGUGAAAUUAGGAAUAGGUGUGAUAGGAGGAAUAAGGAUAAAAAGGUUGAUAUUGCUACUGUUGUUGAAGAAUUGGAGGAAACUUUCUCUGCUUUGUUCUAAGUUUAAUUUAAUUAGUCGUUUUUGUUUUGGUUUUGUUGUAAUAAUAAUGUGUCUUAACUAGCUUAUAGUAUAAUAAUCACAUUUUGUUUUGUGAUGUAAUGUAAGAAGAUGGUGUUUUGGAUCUCUUCUCAAAAUGUUUUCUAGCUCCAUGAUGAUAUCAAAAUUGUGUUACUAGUAUAA